GCACUUUGACAAGACAGGGACGACCAGCUUUUGUCAAACUUUUGUCAAUCUCGCGACCCGCGGGUGAAAUUUGCGGAAUUUGUUCCAGAUUGAGAUAGAAAGACGUGUUAUUAGGAUUAAUAAUCAGUAUUCAAUACUAAAAUGGACACGGAUUUCGAACCACUCGCUCCGAGUCUGGAAAACAUCACCGACCAGGACUCUUUGAAGUGGAUCUUUGUCGGUGGAAAGGGAGGUGUAGGCAAAACAACUUGCAGUUGUAGCUUGGCCGUGCAGCUAGCGAAGGUGCGCGAGUCGGUGCUGAUCAUAUCGACCGAUCCGGCGCACAACAUCUCGGAUGCAUUUGACCAGAAGUUCACAAAGGUUCCGAGCAAGGUGAAUGGGUUCGACAAUAUGUUUGCCAUGGAGAUCGAUCCCAAUGUCGGGCUGAACGAGCUGCCGGACGAGUACUUUGAGGGUGAGAACUCGGCGAUGAAGCUAAGCAAGGGUGUGUUCCAGGAGAUUAUUGGAGCAUUGCCCGGAAUUGAUGAGGCCAUGAGCUACGCCGAGGUGAUGAAAUUAGUAAAGGCUAUGAACUUCUCGGUAGUGGUAUUCGACACGGCCCCCACUGGCCACACGCUGCGGUUACUCUCGUUUCCCCAGGUGGUAGAGAAGGGUCUAGGGAAGUUACUUAGAUUGAAAAUGAAGCUGGCCCCAUUCAUAUCGCAAAUGGGAUCGUUGUUCGGCAUGCAGGAUUUCAACGCGGACACGCUGACGAGCAAACUGGAGGAAAUGUUAACCAUCAUUCGUCAGGUGAACGAACAAUUUCGGAAUCCCGAUCAAACAACCUUCGUCUGCGUGUGCAUUGCCGAGUUCCUGUCGCUGUACGAAACGGAACGAUUGGUGCAGGAGCUGACCAAGUGCGGCAUUGACACGCACAACAUCAUCGUGAAUCAGUUGCUGUUCCGUCGGGAAGGGCAGGACCCUUGUGCAAUGUGCUCCGCCCGUUACAAGGUACAGGAGAAGUAUCUGGAUCAGAUAGCCGAUUUGUACGAGGACUUCCACGUGGUGAAACUGCCUUUGUUGGACAAAGAGGUUCGUGGGGCGGAAAAUGUGAAAAAGUUCUCCGAGAACCUGAUCAAGCCGUACUGUCCAAAUGGUUCUUCACCGCAGGACAAAUAGUAGAAAGCAUGGCGGACUUGGGAAUGACUAAGGUGAAACUAAGUGUGAAAAUUCCAGGUUAUCGUUUUUUUUAUUUCGCAACAUUGUGUUUUCCAUGUUUCUACAAGCCUUUAAUUAAAUGGGAUUGUGGGUACUAAAUCACCUAUAAUUUAUAUUCUUGCUGGAACAUAAGCAAGGUAUGCUCUUGUACGAUAUUUAUUUGAUAUGUUUCGUUCCAACACGAAAUCAAAUUUCGGGUAAUAUAUUUGUAAAUUCAAAA